AUAUUUUAAAUAUUUUAAAAUUUCAUAAUUUAUCCACUGUUAGCCAUCACAUCGUCUAAUUAAUAUUUGACAAUUUUUUUUUUAAUUUUUACUAAAAUCACAAUAAUUAAACGUAUUUGCUGUGUUAAUUUUCAAGCAGUAUAAAUUUAUAAGUUUUUAUUUAUUUUUUUUUAUUAAUAUGAAUUCCGUCAAUCAUUACAUAAUUUUCCAACGAGAGUGGUUACAGAAAUCUAACAUGUUCUAUGCUUAAAUUAUAUGCCUUGUCGGCUCUGGAGUAUCGGAGCUCUGAGCUGAUCAAUAGGGCUAUUCAACAACCAGAAACAUUAAAUUAAAUAUUAUUAUAGAUUCUGAAGGAGUCAACUAUAGCUACAUAAACCCAAAAUUGUUAUUUGAUAUUUAUAUUAAACAUAUGCCAUGUUGGGUAGAUGAUAUGUUUUUUGAAAGCUGGAAACUAAAACUCAAUCAUUUCUUGGAAUUCUGAAUGCUGUAGUUGCUUAUCAAGAAUUGAACCUGUAUGUUCAAUAAGAUGCCUAACACAUCUGAAUAUCAAUAAUCAAAAGUUAUCACCGAUGUGCCUGAAUAACACAUCUAAUUUAUAAUUAAAUUUUUUUAACAAAACUUAGAAAAAAAUCCUGCUAAUCAUGGAAAUUGAUUGCCCAAUAAUCAGUCUUAAAAGAUCUAGCAGCGCUCCUAUGAUUCAUGAAAUUAGUGCUGCUGUGUCAGUCAGUUCAUCUUCAACAUCUACACCACGGGAUGUCGCUACUGCAGUAACUCUGUCCCCAACAAUACCAAGAACACGUCGGUUUAGUACAAGUAGUUUUGCAAAUACUCCUAGACUAACGCCGAGAGUAAACCAAUUAAAACAAGAAGAAUGCAUUGAUGUCGCUGGCAGAGAAGCUGCACAUGAAAAAGAAAUUCAUAGUGUGAUGCAAAUUUCUCAAUCAUGGGAAGAUUUAACCCUCGAAGCUGAAGGACUAUCUUUUAAGGAUUCAGAGCUACCUAAUCAACAACUUAAAAAUAUCGAAAAACAAAUGAUAAAACGAGUUGUUGAUCCGUUGAAUCUUAAUCUACCAAUUAUUAACAGCCCUCCCCCUUGUUCUUCACCAUCACCUACUAGAUCUAGUUUAGGACAACGUCAAUGUUAUUCACCUAGACUUCAUAUUGUUCAUUGGAGAAAUAACCUUUCUCCGAGCCCUACGAGGAAACCAUUUGCUAUGAGACGUAGUUUAAGUCCAAUAGCCAUAAGACCGAGUUGUUUGGGACCAGUUAAGAGGAAAUUUGAUUUAACUGAUAAUAGUACCGAUCGUCAACAACCACUCAAACGUGCAUCAGCAGUGGUACUUUCAAACCCCUCCAGAUCGGAUAAAAUAUCAAAUAUAAUUCCUGGUACGAUAAAUCUAAUGGAAUCAUCUGCCUCUUUUCCAAAUAUAAACUCAUCUGAUUUUUCAUUUCAUCAAGUUGAGAAAUCUACAUCUAAUAGAGUAAUUAUUAAUGACAAUGAACGAGUGACACGAAAUAGUGAACAAGCAAAAGUUACAAGAUCUAAACAAAGAGAUCAAAUGAAUAAAAAUAAUUAUAGGUGAAAAAUUAACUUGAAUAAAAAAAAAAAACUUUACCAUUUGGACAUGGAAUUUAUUUGCAAUAAUAGCUUUGCCUAUAAUUUUUAGUAAUAAGUAAUCAAACUUUGUAACAAAUACCAUUUUUCAAAAUCUUAAUAUAUUCAACGCUAUUGCCCAAAGUUGUAAUGGUUAAUAGGGGUUUUAGUUAUUUAAAUAUUAAAUAUAUUGUAUUUUAUAAUCUAAAAUUUUAAAAACAUCAAUAACUUUUUCCAGUUUAAAAUAUGUUUCAUUUUUUAUUUUAUGAGUUAGUAAAGUUAAUAGUUCAAACAGUAUAAUCAAUGUAUAAAAUUAAUUUAAGUGGAUUUUUUUUUAAACCGACUAACGUCAUUAUCAACAAUAAUGUAAUGUAUCUAGUCAACAUUUAAACUUUGCUAAAGGUAUUGAUAAUUUAUUUAGAAAAUGAAACCUGUCGAACUUUACAGAAUCAAGUUGAUUCUAGCUAAAAACAUUUGUCUAUUUGUAUACUAAUGCAUCUUUAGAAACCAUAUAAAUCAUUUAAGAAACAUUAUCAUGGAAAAUUAUACUUACCGUUCAUGGCUCUUUUAGAAAAUUUCUUGCAGAAAUUGACUUAUAAUUACUCUUAUGACUCUAUUUUUGAAAAACUCUCUCUCGGUUCACCAAGACACCAAAAGAGACCCAUGGGUCAGUGUUCAAAACAAUAUAAGUGGCAGCUCAGAUGUCCCUUCUCAGGAUUUAGAGUAUAUAAGGGCAAUCAAGCGUCUGCACGGGGACUUGGGCCUUAACCACCAACUAAAGUGGAAGUGUAGAGAAGGGCUGAGAAUGCCUAUCGAGGUCCUUACUGUACAAUUCUGAACCCACUUCAUACUCUUACUACGAUGGUUGCUGCAGUUCGUACUCUUCUGGACUUCAAGCAAAGUUUAUGAGGUCCGUACAUUUUAUAAUAACAAUCCCUGAUUAAAAAAGUGAAUUGAAAAGUAUUGAAAAUUAUUUCAAUUCUUUUCAAUCCCUCGGCGGUUUUGGAAAGUAUUGAAUGGAAUUGAAAUUUCGAUCGUUUGAAUAAUUUCCAAUUCCAAAGUGGAAUUCGAAAGUAUUGAAAAGAAUUCAAUCUUUCAUCAUUUCAAUCCCUUCCAGUAUGGAAUUAUUUAGGUAUUGAGAAGGAUUCGGAAAGAUUCAAAAAUUUCAAUUCAUUUCAAUCUUUUUCAAUCCCACACUUGAUCCGAAAUGUCGGAUUAUUUAGGUAUUGAGAAGGAUUCAGAAAGAUUAAAAAUCUCAAUUCAUUUGAAUCUUUUUCAAUUCCUCGGAAGUUCAGAAAUUCUUUUAUUAUUUUGGGAUUGAAAAGUAUUCAUUUUAUGUCAAAAUGAAAACCUUGGGGUAUAGAAAGUAUUCGAAAGGAUUCAUUUCUCAUCUUUUUCAAUACUUUUCAAUUCACUUUUUUAAUCAGGGAAAGUCUAGUUGGUAUAUUUACUAUAAACUUAAAGUCCAACGUAACUAUGGGCUAGUCACAUUCACAUAAUUGUAAAAUCUAGUCAAUUCUGUGUUAAUCUCUAGCCGAGUCAGUUUAAAUCCUUUAGUAUUAUAAUUGGGAGUUAUCUUCAUUGUAUACCAGCCAUCUCGUCAUUGAGUCUCUGUGUGUUGUCCAAUUUUUCGUACGUGUCCAGGACGUCUAGUAUUAUAUUUGGAGAAUAACAUCGAUGCAAGUUUGCAUGUAGUUAAAUUAUAAGUUCGCCAAACGUGCAUAAUAUCGUAAAUAAAUUAUUGUUUUAUAAUUGUCAUCGGUUUUACUUUAUUAUUAUAAAUUAUUGAUACCAGUCAUUGUAAAUUGAUGCUAGAACUCAUAAAUUUUAGGCGGAAAGUCUUUAAUUUAUUAUGAUUUAAUCUAUUGUACUUUCAGUAGCUAUAGCUGCCGUGUAGUAAUACUUAUAUAUAUGUAUAUUUAUAAAUAAAUUUGAUAAAACCUAAUAAAUGAAAUCA